CUCUCCCCGUGUCUCGCGCGCUCUCUCUCUCUCUCUCUGCUAUUCUAUUCUGGGAAGCUGUGCUUGGAAUAACCCCUAUGUGUGUUUCUCCUGAUCGCAACCUCCCUCUCAGUACAUGAUCUUGGGCGUCCCGAAUAACAGAGAAAUCCUGUCCAAAGACGAUUCAUUUUUACUGACUCUUACAGAACUUUUCGUUCUGAAGCGGCUGCACAAGGCUUCAGUGCGGCACGGAGAGGUCAUCGCGCAGUUGCUAUUUUUUGUGUUUUUAUUUUUAUCAGACUUUUUACACUUUGAUGUUUGGGUUUAUCUGACAACUACUGAAGUGUCAGGCGCCUUGACGUACGGCUGUCACCCCCUGGAAUAUUAUCGUGCGCGGCUUCUCGCACGGCGCUUUAAAUGUGACACGGGGGUGUGUCUGGAUUAGUGAACCAGGACCAGCCAAGACCAGCCAAAGUCAAACAACCGCAGAGGUUUGGGUGGCAUCUGAGGGCUGGCUGAAGGCUCCUGACCUCCUCCCUGCCCUCCUGACCCCACCAAACCACGGGAACCCCACAGCCAGAGGACUGGGAGAUCCCCAAGAAAAAAAAGAGUAAUCCUCAGAGGUCUGUCGGUCUUGUUGAAGAAACUUCAGCGGAAGCUGUGAGAAGAGGUACUUCAAGCACUUAAAAUCACACAAGCGCAAAGGAUUUUGAUCUUUUCGGUUGACAGAGCGGGUAAGAAGUCUCUAGUAUGAUUGACAGAGGGAAGGAGUUCUAAUGCUGACCUCUGACAGUCGUCAUCCCUCCAGAUUGGAACACCGUCCUAGCUGCUAUGGCAGAACCCUGUAUCUGACAACCCAAGCUGUGACAGCACUUGACAUGCCUGCUUGCCGCAGUUUAGACUUCUAACAGCCGACACUCCUAAGAGAACACCCCCUUCCCUCCUCCUCUAACCUACGUCAAGAGGACCAUGGAGCCUCGUGAACCCGCUGCUGCUCAGAAGGGCCCAUCGGAGGGGCGAGACAAGGCCCCGCUCCAGAGAAAAUGGGCGUCUGAGCCCUCGUCCGCGGGCUCCAAACGAAGCACUUUUGCUGACCCCAACGUCAAGCGCCACUCACACCUCGAGAGUUUACCUUGUGGCGCUGGCGCUGGUGUGGCACACAAAUAUGGCAGCGGAGGUGGUUCCAUGAAGCUGCUCUCCUCUACCAUUGGUCAGUCAUCUCAAGACAGUCAGUAUGCACAGGCCAAGGCCAAGCAUCAGGCCCAGGUCUUCCCCCAGGGCUACCCCUACCAGCUUGCCCAGCCCUACCCACAGCAACCCAUGCAGGAACGCUUCCUAUCCGGGGCCAAGCCCCAACCUGGUCUGGAGCCCCACGCCUGGCCCUUUGCUGGUCAACUGCCCUCAGAGGACCUCUACCCUGGACACUCCCGUCCACACGGAGCGGGAUUUCCACGGCAGAAGUCGCCCAGCCUGCCCAGCUCUUUCAGCCAGUACUCCCAGUCUGGCCCAGAGCCCCCGGAGGAGGGCUACAAGAAGGAACAGAAGCCCAAGAAGCCAGGGAAAUACAUCUGCCACUACUGUGGCAGGGCCUGCGCGAAACCCAGCGUUCUGAAGAAGCACAUCCGAUCUCACACUGGGGAGAGACCCUACCCCUGUGUGCCCUGUGGUUUCUCCUUCAAAACCAAGAGCAACCUGUACAAACACAGGAAGUCCCAUGCCCACGCCAUCAAGGCGGGGCUGGUGCCCUUCUCCGACAUAGGAGCAGGACGCGGGGAUGUGGAUCAGGCGUCCUCACUGGGGGAGGCCGAGGCACACUCAGACGGGGAACAGAGCACGGACACAGACGAGGAAGGAGUGGAGGCCUCCAUGCUCCUGGACAAAGGGAGUCCCAUCCCACAGAUCUCCUUUGAAUCUGACAAGAGAUCCAUGGACAAGGGAGGGGAACCAGCGUAUGCAGAUGCAGCGGAGGAGCUGGCAUUGAUGUCGAUGAAAGUGCCUAUUUUAAUUGUCCCCAAACAGGGGAUCCCCUCCACGGGCAUGGAGUGUCCUCCCUUCACCGACCUUAAGGGGGUGCACAUCAGCUCUCUGGUGGGUCGGGGAGGGGACGACUCACCCACCAUCAAGCAGCGCUUGGCCCUGAGGCUAGUAGAGAAGAAGGGGCAGGACUCUGAACAGUCUCUCAACCUCCUCAGCCCCCACAGUAAAGGCAGCACUGACUCUGGGUAUUUCUCCCGUUCCGAGAGCGCAGAGCAGCAGAUCAGCCCACCCAACACCAACGCUAAGUCCUACGAGGAAAUUAUGUUUGGUCGGACCUGGUACUAUCGGCCCAACUCCAGGUCCAGGCAAUCUAUCACCGUGGGGAUGGCUGGCCAGGACCCCAGCAUGGUCAGUCUGGGCAAGGCUGGCACCAUUCUUGAGGUUAGCAUGGGUAAGAUCUCUGAGGAUCACAUAUUCUUCAAGGGGGACUGCUUAGGAGAGGAUGGACAGCUGCUGCCAGGCGUUGACCCCAAGCAGUACCCUACAGGCCCCUGCCAAAGCAACACCGGGCUGUUGGAGGCCCCCAGCGACUCUGCAACUCUGAUCAGGAGCAACUCCAUGCCAACCUCGUCCCCCACCAACCUGAACGUGCCCCCGGGCAUCCGCGGCAGCCACUCCUUCGAUGAAAUGAUGACAUCGGACGAUGUCUUCUACCCAGGAAGCGGUCUGAGGAGGCUCAGGCGACAGGCUGCCUUUGAGCACUCUGCUCACGAAAGCCACGGAGAGACUGAUGUCUACGGAAACAUCCCCAGGAAUGCCCCCGGUUCUGUCGCACUUAAAAUGGGGGAACGCAGCUCGGGGCUGCCAGAACACCCUGCCUACAGCCCGUACGGUACCAAGGUAGGAGUGAUGGAGAACACCACACGUAAACGCAGGAAGGAGAAGAGUGUUGGGGAUGAGGAGGACAGUCCAGGACAUUGCGACAGCAGCUGUAGCGGCUCUGUGGAGAUGCUGGGGGACUAUGAUUGUAAACAGAGCAGUCAGGACAACUCAAGGGCCACCCCCUCCAUUUACAGUGCACAUAGCCAAUCAGACAGCUUUGACACAUGCACAAGUAUGUGUUCGGAGGACAUUGUUUUAGUCCCGGAAUCCGAUCGCAAGGCAGCCGGUAACGUCAUCUCAGUCAUUCAGCACACCAACUCCCUCAGCCGGCCAAACUCUUUUGAGAAAUCCGAAUCAUUUGAGCAACCCGUUUACCAGCAAGAUAAGCCCUCCACACAGUACUCUGAACAGUCCGAUGGUGAGAACAUUGAAAAUCAGGUCCAGAGUCCAGAGUCACUGUUGAGAACUGAGAGCAUGGAGCAGCAUCAACAGAGUGACAGCGAGCUAGCCGCUAAUGUGACAUCCACCGACCAGAGCUAUCACAUCCCCCACAAGCUGGUCCGGCAGCCCAACAUCCAAGUGCCUGAGAUCAGGGUGACAGAGGAACCAGACAAGCCCGAGAAAGAGCCGGAAGCUCCGGUGAAAGAACCGGAGAAGCACGUAGAGGAGUUCCAGUGGCCCCAACGCAGCGAGACCCUCUCCCAACUCCCCACUGAAAAGCUACCCCCGAAGAAGAAACGUCUGCGCCUGGCAGACCUGGAGCAUUCCUCUGGGGAGUCCAGCUUUGAGUCCACCUGCACAAGCCUGUCUCGCAGCCCAAGCCAGGAGAGUAACCUGUCCCAUUCCUCCAGCUUCUCCAUGUCCUUUGAGCGCGAGGAGGGCCUGAAAUCCGCCUCCCCCACCAAGCAGGAUGAAUUGGCCAGGCAGUCUGAGUUUCUGACCGUCCCAGGUAGUGGACAUUCCCUCUCCAUCCCUGGUCAACACCAGCAAAGGGAGAUGAGAAGGUCCUCGUCAGAGCAGGCUCCAUGCGCACUGCCUACAGAGGUACCUGAGAUACGUAGCAAGUCUUUUGACUAUGGGAGCCUGUCUACCUCCUCCAGACAGGGGGAAAUCUACUGCAGUGCGUCCGCUAUGAAGGAGAGGAGACGGGGCUACCUGGUCAGGCAGGCCUCUCUGAGUGUCUACACAGAGACAGUUGUCCACGAGGCAGGAGGAAUUGAGGUGGCCAUCAAACAGGAGCAUCCAGAUCACGGAGCCUCCCACACAGCCUGGCCAAGCCCCACUACCUCCUCUCACGGUGCUCCAACCAGUGAAGUAGCCAGGUCAAAGAGGCUCGGACAGACAAGCUUAGGGCCCCACCACCUUCAUUUGCAGCACAGUACUAGCGAGGACAGCCAGCAGGAGGAGCCCCCACUGUACCAGAGGCCCCCACGUCUGCCCGGCCAGGCUUCAACCGAGGGAGAGCAUUUGGGUCACGAGGUUAUGACACAGGAUGCGAUGCAGUAUUCAUCUCUCCAGGGGGGUCUGGCUUCGCUGCCCUUUUUGCCCAUGCAGCCCGGUCUCUUCUGGCAUCCAGAGUCCACCCAGAGACACAAGCAGCACCUGGCGUUCCAGACACACCCGCUCCACAAGCAGUUACAUAUCAGGCAGCCUAAUCUACCCCACGUACUCCAGCAGAAAGCCCAUGGCCCUGCCCAUCAAUCCAUACAGCAGAUACAGGAGCAGUGUGGCAGUAAAGGAGAUGGUGUCAACAAUGUUAACAGCGGUAGCAGCUACCCCUUCCCCUCCAGGCCCUCCCCCCAGAACUUAAGCCCGCUCCAUUCCCAGGUGUCCCUGACCACCACUAGCACCCUGCUCAUCCAGCAGGGCCAGCCCAUCUUUGCCACCCAGAAUGCAGGCUCCCAGGCCUCUUUGCCUCCCGGCCUCCGGGUCCCAGUCAGGAUCCAAACUCACGUGCCAUCCUACGGAAGUGUUACGUACACAAGUGUUUCUCAGAUGCUUGGCCCCCAUGGCCAGGAGUCCUGCUGCACUUCAGCAUCCCUCCUAGGCGGUUCUUCCAAAUCAGGGAUGGGCUUUAACCUGGCGCAGAUCCUGGGUCAGCCGGGAUACCCCCUAUGGAAGAGUCCAGAACCGUUGCCCGGGCGACUCAACACAGGGAUCCCGCUGUCUCUGACAUCGGGUACCAUCUCGACCACAGACGCCUCAUCCAGCCUGGGUGGCGGCAAGCGCAUGCUGUCCCCAGCUAGCAGCCUGGAGCUCUUCAUAGAAACCAAGCAGCAAAAGAGAGUGAAGGAGGAGAGGAUGUAUGGACAGAUUGUGAAGGAACUGAGCGCCGUUGAGCUAAGCACCUCCAAGGAGGAGAGGAGGUCAUUAAAGAGCGAAAGCUCCAUGGACGAUCUGGAGAGGAUGUCCUCCUCACCCCCGGUGGAUUUCCCUGACUCUAACAGGAUCCCAGUCCGUUCCUCAGCCUCCCACCUGCCCGAAGUGCCCCCAGUGGACAGCUUCACCCCCCCUCUGCAGAUCGUCACCGACUCCCCCAGCCAGAGGGACACGGAAGGGAGAGCCAGCUCACCAGAGGACCUGGAUGUGGAUGACUCCACUCGCGAGGCCAGCACCAGCCCCCAGUCCAUGGUCUCUCCCUCGGACACUCCCGACCCCCCAGACUCCAAGCACGCCCUGGCCAAUAAGAUCCCUGUCAACAUGCUGGUGCAGCUGGCUGCCAACCAGAGCGUGACGGCGAGAGGUGGCACCCUCCUCCUGACAGAUCUGGCGGACGUACACCAGCUAUUCCAGUUCCCCAGUCUGAGGACCACCACCAGUGUCUCCUGGUGCUUCCUAAACUACACCAAGCCCAACAACAGCCAGACCACGCCGCUGACGUCGGUCUACGGCUCUUGGUGCGUAAGCUCCUACAACCCCAACCCCCUGAGCCUGAGCACCAAGGCUAUGCUGGCGCUGCUGUGUUCCAAACAGAGGAGGAACACUGAGACCUACACCAUGGCUGCCAUGAGCAUACCUGGCGAGGGGAAGCUGGUUUCCUCCCUGGCCUGGAAACAGAGGAUUGAACAGGUAAAGCCAGAGCACAUGCAGACUGAUGUGAGCAAAUAUGGGAAGAAAAUGAAAAGCCAGAUGUCCCGGGAGAGGAGCAAGGAGGAGCAUGGGGAAAAGGAGAGCUCCUCCAAGCAGGCUGAGCCUACACGUAUCAAGAUCUUCGAAGGAGGGUACAAGUCCAACGAAGACUAUGUUUACGUACGCGGCCGAGGAAGGGGGAAGUACAUCUGUGAAGAGUGUGGCAUCCGCUGUAAGAAGCCAAGCAUGCUGAAGAAACACAUCCGAACGCACACCGAUGUCAGGCCCUACGUCUGCAAGUUUUGCAACUUUGCUUUCAAGACCAAAGGGAACCUGACCAAGCACAUGAAGUCCAAGGCCCACAUGAAGAAGUGUCUGGAACUGGGUGUGUCUGUUUCAUCUGUGGAGGAACUGGAAACAGAGGACGCAGAUAACCCUGAGGACGGCCAGAGGGAUUCUGGGAAGAUGGUGGGCAUCAUGUCGGAGCAUCAGUUUUCCGACGCAGACGACUCAGAUGGUGGUGAGGAGGACGGGGACGAGAUCGACGACGAUGACGAAGACGACGACGAGUACGACGGGGACUCCACCCCCAAGACACGCUCUCGUAGCACCAGCCCACUGCCGUACGGUCUGCCCCCCAAGCCGGAACCUUUGUUUGGCUACUUGACCACGCUGCCGAGCAUCCAGAUCACAUCUCUGUCAGCGGCCAACGAGUGUCCUGGGGGCCAGGGCCAGAUGGCGCAGUACCAGCGUCUCCUCCAGGGGGCGCUGGGCGAGGCCUACAGGAGUCGUCUGGACGUCCCCAGCUCCAUGGACGAGGACCCCCUCUGCACCGAGCACUCCUCCUUCGACCCAUCCUCCUCUCGCCUCUCCUCACCCGGCCUCGACUCCUCUCCACUCCGCGAGCCCUCCCCCACCUCCUGCACCUCCCGCCGGUACCUCUCCCCCCGGAGAGACCUCUCUCCCCGUGGCCGUCUCUCCCCCAGGCGAGACGCCUCUCCCCUCAGGCACAUCUCCCCAAAGAGAGACCUGGCCUUACGCCGUGACCUCUCACCCAGGGGUCACCUCUCACCUCUAUCUCACCCGGGAAGGCCCACCUCUCCAGGCAGGGACCUGGCAGUGCGCAGGGAACUGUCCCCGAGAAGCCGCCACAGGGGCAUGAUCAGACCUGUAUCGCCGCGUAGGGGCUCGCACCACCACAGCGCCCCAUGGAGUCUGGGUCAACACCUACCCACGGACUCACUGUCCAUGGGGGGCCAACGCAGCAGGAGUGCAGUGCACACGGACAAGGACCAGAGGAGGAAGGAGGGUAGCCAAGACUCCCCCAGCCCACCCCAUCAGGUUCUGUUCAGUCAUCUACCCCUCCACUCCCAGGUACAGCUGCGGUCACCCUUCCCCAUGAUUCCUAUUGGUGGAAUCCAGAUGGUCCACUCACUCCUGGGCCAGGCCCCUGGCCAUGCCCACCAGAGCCAGUCCCGCCUCCCGCUCCAGAAGAGUACCUCCGAGGAGUCGAAUGCCAGCGAGACUUCCUGUCACAUGGCCGAGGGCCAAGGGGUCAAGGGGUCACCGCCCUGCUCGUGUGACUCGCCCCAGCAACAGCAGGAGAGGAUGAUGACCUCGUCAUCCCCAGCCGGCCACUCGCCCGGGCUGGUCUCGGCAGCACCAGAGCGGACUUGUCAGGACGUGGCGGAGGGUCAGGACAAGAAGCAUCGGCACCAGCGGCAGGAAGAGAACAUCCACACGUGCACCAAAGCCAUCGCCUCGCUGUGUAUCGCCUCCGAGGAGUCCCUGUCCUCCUCCGCCUUCACGGACCCCCCACGCCGCUCCUCCUCUCCCCUCCCCGCCCCCCUGGAGAGCGGAGCCCCCCCCACCAGGAUUCAGCACUUUACUGGUUCCCCGGCCUUGUUGCCCCCCCACCCCUCCUGCGCUGACAACCCCCUGCCCAUCGCGUCGAAGCCCGGCGGAGGAUGCCCAAGCCUGGGCACAGCAGGGGGUCAGACCUCCCCCUACAGCCCAGGUCUGGAGGAGAGGGCCCUGGGUCAACAGUGCCCCGGAGACAGGCCAGCAAGCACAAAGAGAAGCAAAGAACUAUCACAGGAGGAUAGCUGGAACAGCUAGGAUAGCCCAGAGGUGGUGAACCUCAGUAAAAAGGGAGGGAAGACGUGCAAACAGAGAUCAGACCUUAUACACACAAAUUGUUUGUAAAAACACAAACAAACACAUUUUGAAAAAACACUGCAACACAUAGGAUGGAUCCACACACACAUUUUCGAACAUUUGGACAUACACACACUCACAUACUACUAGCAUGCCAAUGGACAUGCACACAGACACUCACACACACAAAGACAGAAAUAUACCCAAACACACCCGCAAACUCGAAAAAUGUCUUUAAACAAACAAAUUACAAUAAGUUGUAGUUUCAGUGUAUGUGUAUAGCAUGCCUUUUCUAUCCUGGUUUGCUAUUUUAACAAUUUGUUUCUUAUUUAAAGUUUCAGAUAAUAAACAUAUGGUAUAUAUGUUAACUUAUAUGAGCCUGACCAAAAUUGCUAAUGGCCUCUAGUCUGGUACGUUUGAAUGGACAGAUGUGUGUGCCUUUUCUUUACUUUGGUGCUUAUUAUUCUUAUAAGCAUAUUAAGCAGGAAGUUAAUGUAAAUAUAUCAAGUUUGUGUAUCAGCUUUGUAAUAAAUGCAAUUUACCUGUCUUUUUUGGACACCCCGAGUCUGAAUGAUGUGAAGUAUCAAUAUAUGUAAGGUUGCACUAAAACAUAUUUUUAUAUCAGUGAAAAUUAAAUGGCUUUUGUGUACAGCAGCAAUUCUAUAAUACUAUUUAUUGUAUCAUGUUUCUUAAAUUGUAAAUUUUUCUUAAUGUUGUGGAUGCCUUUUAUAUGUAAAGCAUGAGUUUUGCUAUCGCUUCCGUAGAACAACAAUAUGUACACUGUAAAAUGGCUUUAUAUGUUAGAAGUAUUUAUAUACAUCUGAGUGAUGCACUUUACUUGGAGGUAUAUACAUAUAGUUAAAUUGACAAGAGUAUAACUAGUAUAUGAAUAUAUAUACAGUAUAGAACAUAUAUCUGCACUUACGUUUUAGAUUGACACCCACAUACAGUAUGGUAGUUGUUCUAAAGGCUUGUACAUUUUCUUCUGUUGGCUGCAUUGGCUACAUUAUUAUAUAUUUUUUUUUUAUAUAUAAAGCAUAGCUCUGCUCAGCAUUAUGUGAAUGGAUAUGUGCACCUGUGCAUCUCUGUUUUUAAUUCAAUGCUUACUGAAGUAGUAGUUAAAUAUUAAAGAUAGGUUGAUCUUCUGUGAAUCACGUUGCUUGAAGUACUUGAUUUCUUGGUUAGUACAGGGAACAUUCCAAUGUAAAUAAUUGAAUGCCCUUAACACAUACACAGUAGAUGCAUACACAUACACAAGUACACACAUACACCUUCAUCUUUAUACAUGAGUUCGUCAUGGGGGCAUUGUCAUCAGUCCACUGAAUUGUCUUUUGUAACGGCUUGUUGUAAAAGAGAGCACACACACACACAACCCGGCGAACUAUGAAAAAUGCACCUUAAGUUUCCUACAAUGUGGGUUUGGUCCCAGAAUAUAUCAGUUUUGGAAUUGGGAUUUAGAAUCCAGUUGCUUUUAGGAACCUGUUUGUGAUUAAUCAUCCCUAAAGGAAUAGGAGUAUAAAACCAGUGCACUCGUGUGUAUAUCUGUAUUUUGUAUGGUGUGUAUACGAUCUAUGUCAUUUAACUCUUUGGACAUUUUUGUCAUUAGUCCCUUGUAUUCACUUAACUGAUUUAAACAUGUCUUUAAAAUCUAAGGUAUCGAAGCACAAAUAAUUGUAUAGAAACAAAAAAAGAAAAAAAAUGGUAAACCUUCAUAAAAAGGGUAACUUUAUGAUGUUCAGUGGAAAAAUACAAUAUCAUGUACGACCCCGGUUUCAAUGAAUCACAGUACAAGUGGGAAAAAAUAUGGAUUGUUGUUUUCAAAUAAAUAUGACUACAAUAAUAUAUGCAUGUUCUUUUUGCCAUCUGU